ACACAGUCACAUCGAGUGAAGCUGCUUCAACAGGUGUGGUGACGGCUCUUUUGGAUCGUACGCUCCCCCUCCUCCUCCUAAAGGAGACUUCACUAUGGAGUGUCAGAUGACAAGUUUUCUGAGGGGUUGUCCUGACAAGCACAAUGUAUGGUUUUCUUGGUGUUCAAGAAAGUUGGAACAGGAAAAUAACCAGAGAAUUUCAUGUAGUGUGGCUCUUUGUAAUUUAAGGAUGGGCUCCCAACAUUUAAAUUUUCUUCGUCAUGCUUUUAUAAGGAAAUCUCCAAUGCAACAGUCAUCUUGGAGAACAUUUUCCACGCCUGUUAGUUUGGAGAAGGAAUCUUCAUUAUCAAUGGAAGACCCAAGUGCCAGUGAUGAAGUUCCUGACAAUGACUCAUCUGAGGAUCUUCUUUCUAAGCCAUUGGACAGUGAUAAGUUGAAGUCAUUGCUGGCUGAUUCUGAAAGAACAAAGCUUACCAGAAAACUAGGUGAAGCUAAUCAACACAACCGAUUUCUCAAACGACAGUUGCAAGUAAAGGAAGAUGCACUGAUUAACUUCAAAAGUGAACUUGCUGAUGUGGAACUCGAAGUUCAGGCUUUGGUCAAAUUGGCAGAAGAAGUAGCCAAGACUGGAAAUAUGGAAGGCUCAAGGAAGAUUAGUGGGAAAUACAUCCAGUCCCACCUUCUUUCAAGAUUAGAAGCUGUUCGUAGAAAGCUGAAAGAACAGAUAAAGGAUGUGGAUGCUGCACAAUCAAAGGAGGUACAAUUGUCCUGGUAUGGAAUGGCAGAGAGUGUGCAAGUAAUGGGAAGCUUUGAUGGAUGGAGUCAAGGAGAGCAGUUAUCACCGGAAUAUACUGGUUCUUUUACUAAAUUCUCUACGACAUUGAAGCUGAGACCUGGAAGAUAUGAGAUCAAGUUCUUGGUGGAUGGACAAUGGCACUUAUCACCAGAAUUCCCUACCAUAGGUGAGGGAGUGUUGAACAAUAACUUGUUGGUCGUUGAAUAAAUCCAACUUCACUGAGCAAAUCAUGCAUCUGAUAAUGUUAUGAUCUUCAGUCAGUAAGAACUACUAUUGCCAGGAUAUUUUAGCGACGUUAAUCAUCUAUUUAUGUAUCUAAUUAUUUAGUAUUGGUAUAAAAUUUCAGUUGCCUAGUUACUGUA